AUGGAGAAGUGGAGUUCAGCGAAUUCCUACAUUUUAUGUUUUUAUUUGGUGGUUGUUGCAGGUCUGAAAAAAGGUUCUUCUUCAAGCAAAUGGGUUGCUUCCAACCCGAGCAAGAGAUGGGGGGAGAUGUUUUUCCUUCUAUACACUCCUUUCUGGCUUGUUCUCUGCCUUGGGAUCGUCGUCCCCUACAAAUUGUACGAGAACUUCUCUGAACUGGAAUAUUUGCUUUUGGGGCUGGUUUCUGCAGUUCCGUCUCUUUUGGUACCACUUUUACUUGUUGGGGAGGCUGAUAGAAGAUUGUGUUGGAAGGAUCGGUAUUGGGUGAAGGCCAGUCUUUGGAUCAUAAUCUUCAGUUAUGUUGGGAACUACUUUUGGACCCAUUACUUCUUCACAGUUUUGGGAGCUUCAUAUACCUUUCCCUCGUGGAGAAUGAACAAUGUACCACAUACAACGUUCUUUCUCACUCAUGUUUGCUUCCUAUUUUACCAUGUUGCAUCAAAUCUAACACUCCGCAGACUACAACAUUCUAUUGCUGGCUUACCAGGGUCGAUGCAGUUAGUUAUCAAGGCUGCAUGGAUUGUAGCUCUUUCGUACUUCGUAGCAUACCUGGAAACUUUCGCUAUAUCCAAUUUCCCUUAUUAUUCAUUCGUGGACCAGGCAUUAAUGUACAAAGUUGGAUCCUUGUUCUAUGCAAUUUAUUUUUUUGUAAGCUUCCCAAUGUUCCUGAGGAUUGACGAGAAACCUGGUGAUCUGUGGGACCUUCGAAGAGUGGCUGUCGAUGCAUUGGGAGCUGCAAUGCUUGUUACGAUAAUACUUGAUUUAUGGAGGAUCUAUCUAGGACCCAUAGUUCGAAAACCAGAGACAAAGCAGUGCAUGCAACCAGGACUGGCAUGGUCUUCAUGACAUGCUAAAGA